AAGUCUCCAAGUGAGUGGGACGGUUGCUAGGUGAAGGCAGGAAGUAGGGAGGCUGGAGUGACGGAGAUGGUGGCAGCUGGCGAGAGUGGCUGGAGCAGAAUGUUCAGUCUCAGGUGCUGUCUGUCAUUCUUCGUCCUGACCCUGGCGGUCUCCCCGCUCUUCGCGGUUUCUAUAAAGAAGGAAAUAGGGGACAACACGGAGAAGUACGACCGCUACUACAACCAUGAGGCUCUCACCGAGCGCCUUCAGUCUUUCACCCGGGCGUACCCGGAGCUGUGCCAGCUCUUCAGUAUCGGCAUGUCUGUGGAGUCUCGGGAGCUGUGGGUGAUGAGGAUCACCGCUGACCUCCAAACUGCCCCGCCGGAGCGGCCGCAGUUCAAGUAUGUGGGGAACAUGCACGGCGAUGAGACGGUGUCCCGCCAGGUGCUCAUCUACCUCAUCCAGUACCUGCUGGAGGCCUAUGGCAAGGACCCCCGCAUCACCCGGCUCAUCAACACCACCGACAUCUACAUCCUGCCCAGUCUAAAUCCGGACGGCUUUCACCGGGCCCAGGAGGGGGACUGCCGGGGGCAAAACGGGGGCAGGGAGAAUGCCCGACACCUGGACCUCAACCGCAACUUCCCCGACCAGUUCUAUCCGCAGGGGGCGCCGCCCGACCCCGCACAGCUGCCCGAGGUGCUGGCCAUGAUGAAGUGGAUCCAGGAGAACCGAUUUGUGCUCUCUGGGAACCUGCAUGGCGGCUCGGUUGUGGCUAGCUAUCCCUUUGACGAUUCCAGCAUUCAUCAGGAAACUGGCUACUAUAGCAGAUCCACAGAUGACAAAGUGUUCCAGCAUCUGGCCAGAGCCUACGCUUCAAACCACCCUAUCAUGAAGACUGGUCACCCACAGUGUAAAGAUGAGGAGGGUGAGGUUUUCCCAGAUGGAAUCACUAAUGGAGCCCACUGGUAUGAUGUUCAAGGUGGAAUGCAAGACUACAAUUACAUCAGGGGAAACUGCUUGGAAGUGACGUUUGAACUGUCGUGCUGCAAGUACCCACCGGCAUCUGAACUCGCUCAGGAGUGGAAUAACAAUAAAGAGUCUCUGCUAACAUUUAUGGAAAUGGUACACAUAGGAGCACAAGGAUAUGUGAAAGAUUCUGUUACUCUAAAAGGGAUUGAGAAUGCCACAAUUUCUGUGUCUGGUAUUGACCAUAACAUCACAACUGGGAAGCUAGGGAACUUUCAGAGAUUGCUAGCUCCUGGGACAUACAAUAUCACUGCUUCAGUUGUUGGGUACUUACCACAAACUAUAUCUAAUGUUGAAGUUAAAGAUGAGCCAGCAGUUGUGCUUGAUUUCCAGCUUCGUCCAUCUGGUUAUAUUUCACCCUCCAUUGACUUGCCAAGUAGUACUAGCACCCCUGCACCUGCCACCGAACCACCAGUCCCUACUAAACCUGAGGACAACCCUCCUGUUCAGAAAUCCUUCCAGCCUGAGGACUUUCGCCACCAUCACUAUUCAGACAUGGAGAUCUUCCUGAGAAAGUACAACAGCGAAUAUGCCAACAUUACAUAUCUGUACUCUGCUGGCAAAUCUGUGGAGUCACGGGAGCUGUAUGUGAUGGCGAUAUCGGAUAACCCACAUGUCCAUGAGCCAGGUGAACCCGAGUUUAAGUACAUUGGCAAUAUGCAUGGUAACGAAGUUGUAGGACGGGAGCUGCUAUUAAACCUUAUUGAAUAUCUCUGCAAGAACUAUGGGACUGACCCUGAGGUCACACAUCUGAUCCGUACCACAAGGAUCCACAUUAUGCCCUCCAUGAACCCUGAUGGCUAUGAGAGAGCCCACGAAGGAGACCGUGACGGGGUAGUCGGCAGGAACAACAGCAACAAUUAUGAUCUUAAUCGUAAUUUCCCAGACCAGUUUUUUCAGAUCACGGACCCUCCACAGCUGGAGACACUGGCUGUAAUGAGUUGGUUGAAGACUUACCCAUUUGUUCUGUCUGCUAAUCUCCAUGGAGGCUCCCUUGUGGUUAAUUAUCCAUUUGAUGAUGAUGAGAAGGGCUUGUCUAUGUACAGUAAAUCCCCAGAUGAUGCUGUGUUCCAGCAACUGGCAAUAUCCUAUUCCAAGGAAAAUAAUAAAAUGUUCACAGGUAGCCCAUGCAAGGAGAUCUAUCCAAAUGAUAAUUUUCCUCAAGGAAUCACCAAUGGUGCCAAUUGGUAUAACGUUCCAGGUGGAAUGCAAGACUGGAAUUAUCUCAACACAAACUGUUUUGAAGUGACUAUUGAGCAGGGCUGUGUGAAAUAUCCUGUGGCGUCAGAACUUCCGGCUUACUGGAAUGGCAACCACCGAUCUCUUCUGGAAUUCAUAAAACAGGUACACAAAGGAAUCAAAGGGUUUGUGCUUGAUGCCACAGAUGUAAGAGGUAUCUUCAAUGCCACUAUCAGUGUUGCUGACAUUAAUCAUCCUGUGACCUCUGACAAAGCUGGGGAUUACUGGAGAUUGCUGGUGCCUGGUACAUAUAAAGUUACAGCCUCUGCAAGAGGGUAUGUUCCGGUUACGAAAACCAUUAAUGUCACCGAAGGAGAUGCUGUUGUGACAAACUUUACACUUACCCGCUCAGGUACAGAUACACAUAAAGAAGACAAAGGAAAAAUAUCUGUAGUCCAACCAGAAAAACCAGACCCCAACACACAGGAAUUUGAGACUCUAAUUAAGGAUCUUUCCGCUGAAAAUGGUCUGGAGCGCCUUUUACUGUCACAGUCAAGUGACAUAGAUCUGUAUCGAUAUAGGUCUUACCACGACCUUUCAGAAUCUCUCCGUGGACUGAAUCUUAAUUACCCAAAUAUUACUAAACUCGCCAGGUUGGGUCAGAGUGUUGAAUUUCGUUAUAUUUGGUCUCUGGAGAUCUCCAAUAAACCAAAUGUGUCUGAACCUGAGGAGCCAAAAAUCAGGUUUGUUGCCGGAGUCCAUGGCAAUGCUCCAGUCGGCACGGAGUUGCUCUUGACAUUUGCAGAAUUUUUGUGCUUGAACUAUAAGAAGAAUAGUGCAAUAACAAAGUUAAUUGACCGAACAAGAAUUGUUAUUGUGCCUUUGGUGAAUCCCGAUGGUAGAGAGAAAGCAGCGGAGAAAGAUUGUACCUCAAAAAGUGGACAAACCAAUGCCAAUGGCAAGGAUCUGGACAGUGAUUUUUUAAGUAACUCCUCUGGUCCUGUUGGUGAGAGGGAAAAAGAGACUAAUGUCAUUAUUGAUGGUUUAAUCUUAAAACAAGAUUUCACCCUUUCUGUGGUUUUGGAUGGCGGUUCUCUGCUUGUUACAUAUCCAUAUGACAACCCAGUGCAUACAGUGGAGAACAAAGACACUCUGAAACAUUUGGCUUCUGUGUAUGCAAAUAACCACCCUACAAUACAUCUGGGACACCCAGGAUGUCCAAACAAAUCAGAUGAGAAUAUUCCUGGAGGAGUGAUCAGCGGGGCAGAAUGGAGGGGCCAUCAAGGCAGCAUGAAGGAUUUCAGUGUUACUCAUGGUCACUGUCCUGAGAUCACAGUGUAUACAAGCUGCUGCUUAUUUCCUGGUGCUGGACAGCUGAAGUCCCUCUGGACUGAGAACCAGAAAUCCCUUCUGGCCAUGCUAGUUGAGGUACAUAAAGGUGUGCAUGGUAUUGUAAAGGACGAGAAGGGGAAACCUGUCCCUAAAGCCACCAUCAUCUUCAAUGAACUAGCAAAAGUCUACACCAAAGAGGGAGGAUACUUCCAUGUUCUGCUUGCACCAGGUUUCCAUAAUAUUAAUGCCAUUGCAGAGGGCUAUCAGCAGCAGAAUACACAGGUUCAUGUGCGACAUGAUGCAGCUAGCUCUGUUGAAAUAAUCUUUGUCAUGGAUAACCGUAUUUUUGGACUGCCUCGGGAGCUGGUUGUUACUAUUGCAGGAGCCACAAUGACAGCCUUGCUUCUUAUGGCCUGCAUUAUCUGGUGUGUGUGCUCUAUCAAGUCCAACAGACACAAAGAUGGAUUCCAUCGCUUGCGACAGCAUAAUGACGACUAUGAGGAUGAGAUCCGCCUGAUGUCGGCCGGAUCCAAGAAAUCCCUACUAAGCAAUGAGUUCCAGGAUGAAACAGACACAGAGGAAGAGACACUCUACACCAGCAAGCAUUGAAAACAUAAACUAGCCAGGACCUAGUUGCACCAAGCAGAAGACCCAGUUCUCCCCACUCUAAGGAACAAUUCCUGGUUUGGCUUCAGCAACUUCCUGACAUCCAUUCUUGCACAUUUUGCCAUUGCUCUUUUUUGGAACUAAUAUGUUAAGUGUCCUUUUAUUUUAUUUGAUAUUAUUAUUUGUGUGUGUUUGUGUGAAUGG